GGAAGAAGUUUGAGGCUGAGAUUGAACGAAUCAGAGAGGCCAAAGCCACGACAGCAGCUGCUAUCUCCUCCCCAUAAAAUCCAUUUCUCAAAACAAAAACCCGUCCACGCUUUUGAUUUCUGAAUUCCAAAAACGCUCGACUCGAAAACAGUUUUCAAAUGGCGGCAACAGCUUCAUUGCUCCAACCCAACCCACUGAGAUGGAACAAGCGCAAUCUCCUCCCCCCUCUCCGUACCCUCCCCGCAAACCCAAUCAAAUUCAAAAACGUCAAUUUCCAAAUCCAAAAACUCCCCUGCAAAUUCAAAGUUCAAUGCUUUAAGCAGUUACCCGAAUCAAAAUCUCGGUCCCUGGAAAACCCAGCACACCCAGCAACAAACCCACCAAACCCAAUUGGGAUUAUCACUGGAAAGCUGCUGAAUGCUCUGAAGGCGUUGAGGAAGCCGGCAAUGGCCGCGGUGUUGUUUGGUCUGCUGCUGAUGUCCGACCCGAAUUUGGCAUUGGCUGCAUCGGGCGGGCGGGUCGGGGGAAGCUCGUUCUCGUCGCGCUCGUCGUCUUCCUCGUCGUCGUCGAGGAGUUAUUCGGUGCCGAGGACUUCGAGUUCAAGGCCCGAUUUUUCGUACUCCGCGCCGUACUACGCGCCUUCCCCGUUCGGGUUCGGUGGCGGGGGAGGUGGGUUUUACGUGGGGCCGGCAGUUGGGGUCGGAGUCGGAGCCGGGUCGAGCUUCUUCCUGAUGUUGACGGGCUUCGCGGCGUUUGUUUUGGUUUCCGGGUUCCUUUCGGAUCGGUCUGAGGGCAGUGUGCUUACUGAUACAGAGAAAACAAGCGUUCUCAAGCUUCAGGUUGGUUUGUUGGGCAUGGGACGAACACUCCAAAGGGAUCUUAAUCGGAUUGCUGAAACUGCAGAUACUUCUACCGCUGAUGGUUUGGGCUAUGUUUUGACAGAGACAACACUAGCUUUGCUACGGCAUCCUGAUUAUUGCAUCUCCGGCUAUUCAUCUGUUGCUCUAAAACGAGGCAUAGAGGAUGCAGAGAAACACUUUAAUCAGCUUUCUAUCGAAGAAAGGGGCAAAUUUGAUGAAGAGACACUUGUCAAUGUUAAUAACAUAAGAAAGCAAAGCUCUACAAGCCGGAGUGCUAAUGGAUUCCGCAACGAAUAUAUAGUGAUAACAAUAUUGGUGGCUGCUGAAGGGGUGCAUAAGUUGCCUGCCAUCAAUGGCAGUGGUGACUUAAAGGAAGCGUUGCAAAAGCUUGCCUCCAUUCCGUCGAACAAAAUAAUGGCAGUAGAGGUCUUGUGGACUCCUCAGAAUGAAACUGACACUCUGUCGGAGCGGGAACUACUUGAAGACUACCCGCUUUUGAGGCCUUUAUGAGAGCACACUCAGGAAACCCUGCACAAUCCUGCAAGAGCCACAACUGAACUAUCCUUCAAACAGGGUUGUGCUGAAUCAUUGAUGAAGGGCUAUUUCAUUAAGGUAUAUCCGCGAUGUACAGAAAUUAUACAUGUAUAAGAAUCAGUGUCUUUUUGAAUUAUACUUUAUACAGAGGCUUCUACAAUUAGUGUGGAGUUUCGUUGCGUUAACUACAGUCAUUUGCAUGUA